AUGGGCGACUCGGCACAUCGCGACCAUUUCUUCUCCUAUAUCCUGCGCAAAGGUGGCAACGAGGUUCCCAGAGCAGAGCUCGUGAACCAAUCUAGCACGCUGAUCGUGGGCGGCUCAGAGACGACGGUAACAUGCUUGCUUGCUCUGGCUUACUACCUGCUCAAAGACAGAACACGUCUUGACAAAUUGAGCGAAGAGAUGCGAGCUGCGUUUGGAUCUGUUGGAGAAAUCACGAGCGAGUCUGCGUCCAGGCUGCCUUACCUCAAUGCCGUGAUCGAGGAAAGCUUGCGGAUAUUUUCGCCUGCCUCCUUCGGACUACCGCGCACGUGUCCUGGAGCCAUUAUCGACGGACACAUGAUACCGGAGGGUGUUACGGUGAGUGUCGAUCAGUGGGCUAUAUCGCAUAGCCCACAAUAUUGGAAGGAUCCGUACACAUUCAUACCGGAGCGCUGGAUCGCUGAUUCGUAUGGAGACAACAAGGAAGCUAGUCGACCGUUUUCGAAGGGGCCAAGAGCAUGUUUGGGGUCCAGUUUGGCGUAUCUAGAGAUGAAGAUUAUAGUGGCCAAAAUGGUCUUCUUGUAUGACUGGGAGUUGGUUAGCAAAGAGGUGGACUUGAUGGGACAGGCGCGCCUGUUUUUGAUGUGGAAGAAGCCUGCGUUGAUGGUUCGCUUCCAUCGUCGAUAA